CGUCUCUCCAACCCUUCGAUCUUAACAGCAACGCUACUGUUAUCCAGGAUCGCUCCGUCAGACACCAAUCAAAGCACCCCAAAAUAUGGACGCUGCCAAAUCCGUGCUCUAUUCCCUCGCCACCAACCCUAUCACUAGGUGUCUCGCAUAUACAUGGGACAAAAUGAAUAGCACGCACAAGAUGGAGACCAUCUACAAGAACCACCUCUUCCGAGGUCCAAUCCACCCGCAGCAGGAUUCGCCGCUGUUCGCACUUCCAGUAGAAGUCCGCUCGAUGAUAUACGAAAACGUAUUCGCACCACCGUACUCGACCAUGUCCUCGGAAGCCCUUUCCCUCCUGGCUACCUGCCGCCUCGUCCACGGAGAAGCCUACAUCAAAGCGCUCCAGACAAUUGAAUUUCAUCUCCGAGGAGAUACGGGUCUUAACUUCUACCCAAAGCUCUGGAAUCUUGGUAGCCUCCAACAGCAUCUUCGACACGUCAAGGUUACGAUGUCCAUCAAGAAACUCGAUGCGGUAGGCGGAAAUAACCCCUUCGUCAUGACCAUGCUGCCCCUUGAUACCCUCCAAAUCAAUUUCGGUGUCAUCAAAGCGCAAGACUGGAGAGCAGAGGUCUCCAUCUACCACCGCCUCGUAUCAGCCGUCCUCUACCGAUCAUCCCCCAAAGCGCUCGGCAACACUACCCAGCCCAUCCACCAAUCGCUCUUGGGAAAGCGCAAGCGAGGUAUGAAGCUCUCAACAUGGCAGUUCUUCCCCCAGCGCAAGGAACUGUACGACGUUAUCAUCCGCACGGUGGCCAAGCGGGUCCACGUCCGGGGGAAAGAUGGAGGCCAGGACAUCAUAUGGAGCGCCUUCACGCACUUCGACCUCGCCGAUCACUACAUCACGAAGAUUCGGGUCAUGCAGCCUGAAGCGGAGGUGGCAGAUAUGUUCUAUUACCUAAUGUUCGGCGAUGAGCGAGAACAAACUUUCUUUGAGAUGGGAAAGAUGGUUGAGAAGAGCAAGAAGUAACGGCUGUUCUUGAAUGUGUACCGGCAUCUCUUCGUUCGCGCAUGUAGAAGGUGGGUACUUUCCGGCAGAAGCGCGCCGGAAUUCCCUGGGGCUUUGGUAAGCAGAGACCCAAGACGGGGACACAAUAAUAAUAGCGACAUGGAUAAGAAGCAAUCUGAAUGCGAUUAAAUUGGAAAUGCUGUGACGAAAGUGCAUAGCGCUAGCCUCCUCAACGCUGAAAAGAGAGUACCACCGAAAUUAUCCUCCCAAAAGAAUAAAAUAAGUUG